GAGUCGAAUUCAAGAUUCCCAACGAGUCGGCAACAACCUUGGAGUUUAGGCUCGAGGUUUCGGCUAGGUACUGAUUAGGUACAUACCUAGGUACCGAUAUUCCCAUCCCAACUAAACAAACACCGGCACCAUGUCAAUACGCGUCAUUCUGGACAACCCGCCCGAAUUCUAUACCAACCUGGACUUCAUCAAGGGCGAUGUUGUGCUCUCCCUCAGCCGUAAUGAGCACGUCGGCGCCAUUAUCGUCAAGCUCGAAGGCGAGUCCAGGACAGCUCUGGAAGUGCCCAGCGACAACCUGGGUAUGGGCAUCGCCGGGAGAGACCGGCUAUCUAGCAGCGGGGACACCCUGCACGAAAACCACAAGAUCCUGUACAAAGUCGGCCAAGUCUUCCCCGAUGAGAAUGCACCGCCGGCCGCCUCACCUUAUCUUCUCAACCCCGGACAGCACCGUUUCCCUUUUCAGUUCAAAUUCCCCUUCAACAAUGCCUGCGGUAAUGCGGAAGCCAUGGCCCGGAUUGGCGGUGUUGUCAACACCGGUGGCAUGUUUGGGGUUGGCUUCCGGGUAAUGGACGGGACCAAGCAGCUGAUGUACUCACACGUCACCAAGACGCUGCCCCCGAGCUUCACGGGCUUCCCAGGAGAGGCCGAGAUCCGGUACUACGUCAAAGUAACAAUACAAAGACCCGGGAUAUUCAAGGAAAAUUGGCGCCACCAGAUGGGGCUCAAGUUCUUGCCCAUCGAACCACCGAGGCCGGCCAAGUCGAACCAAGAGGCAUACGCCAGGCGGCCCUUCACCUUUCAACCGAGGAGCCCAAGUCCGGCGCCGUACCAAAAGAAGCGCUCUUCUUUCUUCGGAAGGCACGGGGGACUCUCAGCGUCUGCUAACGGCCGGUCAAGCGGCCCGCCAUCACCCACUCCCGGUGCCACCGCUCCGUCCAUCGAGAUGUCUGCCCGCCUCCCACACCCUGCCAUCCUCACCUGCAAUAAAUCGAUACCCUUCCGCUUGAUAGCAAAAAAGCUGGUGCCCGCACAAACCGACGUGUACCUAAUAGCAAUUCAAAUUGAGCUCAUCGGCAAGACCACAGUGCGUUGUCAGGAUUUAGUCAACACCGAGAUGAACCGCUGGGUCAUCCUGUCGCGCCACGGCCUCUCCACCCUCGUGUCCAAACCCGAAGACCCCGUGGGAACGGAAUUCGUCGUGCCAGACAUACUCUGGAAUGACGCCCCCUUACCCAACACUGUCAUGCCGAGUUUCCUCACAUGCAAUCUCAGACGCGACUACCAGCUCGAGAUCAAGCUCGGCUUAGCCUGGGGCAAACCCGCCGUUAACUCCCCCAGCAUGUUCCUCGGCCGCGGGAAAUUCGCCGACGCCGCCGGACGCCCGCAAGAACUGCACCUCAACCUCCAAUUCAGCACAAUCCAAGUCUACUCCGGCCUGGCCCCGCCCGCCGAGCUCGUCCAAGCAGCCCGCAACCCGCGACCCAAACCAACUCAACAACAACAACAACAACCACCACCCAAACCCCAACGACCCUCCCAGGGGCCAACAGCAGCAGCAGCAGCAGCAGCAGGCCCCUCCACAUCCACCUCCACGCAGGCGAGCGCACCACACCUGCCCCCGCGCCCGGCACAGACCGCCCCGACGCAGCCCGCCGACGCGCUCUACCCGCCACAGCUGGGGCCGGGGCAGGCCAGCCCGCCGUACGACGACGCGCCGCCGACAUACGAGGAGGCCAUGGCCGAGGAGAUGACGGGGCCCGUGUUCCCCGGCGCGGCGCGCCCCGCGUAUAGUGGGGUGACGGAUGAGAAUGGGCCGAGUAGUCUGGGGGCGGUGGGGGGUGGGAAGAAUUAG